GUCGACUCGCGAGCGAGCGGACAUCAUCAGAGAGAUCGGAAAAACACGGAAGAGGCCCGCAGACUUGUCUAAUAAACGCGGAUAGACCUGGGCGCUGAGGAGAUACUGUUGUUCAACGAAAGCCAGAUGAUUACGUUCUGAGGCUCGGAGGAGGAUCGUACUUAUUAUCCAUCGUGCUCAGUGAGCAAUAGCAGGGAAAGUGGUUGUUGUCAAAAGUGGAACAACAAUCGGUGAGCAGCCAACAUGACGGAGGACAUGUUAAGCGCUGACAUAUGCAGAGUGUGUCGAUCAGAGGGUCUGCCUGAUCGGCCGCUCUUCCAUCCUUGCAUAUGUACAGGCAGCAUCAAGUGGAUACACCAGGAAUGUCUGGUCCAGUGGAUGAGAUACUCCAGAAAGGAGUAUUGCGAGUUAUGUGGAUAUCGCUUCUCCUUCACUCCUAUCUACAGUCCGGAUAUGCCCAGGAGAUUGCCUCUGAGAGAUGUGAUCGGAGGCCUGUUUUCCAGUGUUGUCACAGCUGUGAAGUACUGGCUGCACUACACUCUAGUGGCUAUUGCCUGGCUAGGAAUUGUACCGCUCACAGCAUGCAGAACCUACAGGGCUGUCUUCAGUGGCUCUAUAGACCUUGUACGGAUAAUGUCCUUACCAAUGGACAUGCUUUCUACGGAGAACAUAUCCUCUGAUGUUUUUCAUGGUUGUUUUGUGAUAUCUUGUACAUUGUUCACGUUCCUUGGACUUGUGUGGCUAAGGGAGCAAAUUCUACAUGCGGGUGGCCCUGAAUGGUUGGAAAGAGACAAUGCUCAGAUGCCUCUUAUUGACAAUUUUGUCCAGCUGGAUCAGAAUGUUUUUCCACCAAGGGCACAGAAUAACAACAAUAUACCACCGUUUGCUGAAGAACCUAGGCAAGCAGAGGAGCCCAACAAUCACGUUCCAGCAGCAGCGGCAGCGGGUAACAACCCAGUAGAGCUUCUGUUCCGGGUGAUGGCAGAACGCCCAGGCCCCGCGGCACAAGCAGCUGGAGCUGCGGCUGACGUCGAUGAAAUCAACGUGGCUGAGCCAGCGGUAGGUCCAAUUCCUCCACCCGAGGUCGCAGCCGCUGAUCAACAGCAGGAACAGCAGCAACAGGCAAAUGCUGCAUUGGGAGGUGCAGAGUGGCGCGAACAGGGCCAGGGUGAGGCCGAAGAGGCCAACUGGAAUCCUAUGGAAUGGGAUCGGCCCGCCGAAGAGUUAACCUGGGAGCGAUUGCUCGGCCUGGAUGGCUCGUUGCUGUUCCUCGAGCACGUAUUUUGGGUCAUGUCGCUUAACACUCUGUUUAUCAUGGUGUUCGCAUUUCUGCCCUACCAAGUUGGCUACUACGCAAUAUCGCUACUAGGCGCCCAAGAGAUGGUUGCCGCCUCGCAUUUCGAAGGUCUUCUCACGACCCUCUGCGGCUAUUGCGUUCUCGGAGUUUUCCUCGUAGUGCUACACGCCCUAGCUGCUCUACUCGGCUUUCAGCGAUCGCAACGCGUACUCGGACUCGGCUACGUCAUCGUCAAGGUCUCUCUGCUCAGCGUUGUGGAGAUCGGUGUGUUACCAUUGGUCUGUGGUUGGUGGCUAGACAUUUGCUCUUUGGCGAUGUUCGACGCCACUCUGCGCGACCGCGAAUCCUCAUUCCGUCUGGCUCCAGGCACCUCCAUGUUCAUACAUUGGCUCGUCGGUAUGAUCUAUGUCUACUACGUCGCCUCGUUUAUCCUCCUGCUGCGCGAGGUUCUGCGACCUGGUGUCCUUUGGUUCCUUAGGAACCUCAACGAUCCAGAUUUCUCGCCACUUCAGGAGAUGAUUCAUUUACCGAUACUGAGACACGCCAGACGUCUUGUAGCUUCGGCUGUCAUUUUUGGAACUGCUAUCCUCCUCAUGCUCUGGUUGCCCGUCAAGAUCCUCAGGUGGAUGUGGCCAGGAUUCUUGCCGUAUACCGUUACCGUUCAGACCGAGACUCAAAUCAGUGAACUUUCCUUGGAACUGCUACUUCUGCAAGUAAUCCUACCAGCUCUUCUUGAGCAGUCGCACACUCGUACUUGGCUGAAGGCCCUAAUUCGCGGUUGGUGUCGUGUAGUCGCAUGGAUGUUGGAUCUUCAGUCAUACUUGUUGCGCGAACAGACAGACGAGCCAGCCCAAGCCGUCGCAGAGGAGCCUCAACAUCCGGACCUCGGUGCAGUUCACCAGGCUCUGCUGCAACGCGACGGGCCCAUCGGUUUUCAACCAUACGUCAGACCAAAGUGGUUCCCAGCCAGAUUGCUUGGACUAUUGCUCUGUGUCUGCGUGUCGUUGGUGCUAGCCAGCCUACUAGCCAUGACUCUGCCGGUAUGGAUUGGUAGGAGGGUCAUGGCUCUUUGGAUGGUCGGGGCACCUGCACCGUCGCCGCCUGUUUUGCCUCCUGCUUUGCCUACUAGCAAUGAAGGUACCGUAGAAGCAUCCGCAUUAUCAGGUCGCGUACACGAGGUCUACACGAUAGCUUGUGGUACAUACGUAUGCUGGGCUGCAGCGCGUGGUUUGGCUCUUGCCGUAUCCUGGUUGCCCCGUGGUCGUCGAGCUAUCCUCGACCGCGUCAAGCACUGGGCCAUUAUCGGCGCCAAAGCGUUUGUUUCCUGCAUUCUUCUGGUUGGUGUUAUUCCAUUGCUCUUUGGCCUUCUGCUCGAGCUCGUCGUCGUCGUGCCACUUCGAGUUCCUCUCGAACAGAAUCCUAUCCUUUUCGUCUGGCAAGACUGGGCUCUUGGCGUUCUGUAUACCAAAAUCGCAACAGCUGUAACGAUGAUGGGUCCAGAGUGGCGUUUAAAACUGGCUAUCGAGCGUGCCUACAACGACGGUAUACGUGAGAUGGACCUGCGAUUUAUCGUCACAGAGCUUGCUGCUCCGGUAAUUUGCUGUUUUGGCUUGGCUCUGGCUGUUCCGUAUGCAGUGGCCUACAGCAUCGUGCCGCUCUUCGUCACCAACAUCCAGACGCAGAUUCUUAUCGCGCGCCGACUAUACCCUUUCCUAUUGCUCGUCAAUCUUGUCUGCAUCGUUAUCAGUAUACAGAUCAAACAGUUUAAGAAACUCUAUGAGCACAUUAAAAACGAUAAGUACCUGGUAGGCCAGAGACUGGUCAACUACGAGCACAGAAACAAACAGCAAUCAGAGCAACAACAGCAGGCUACUGCAAGCUAGCGGCUACAGCGAUAAUAAGUUGACGCGAAGCAACGAGACACGACUGCUGCAUUGGAUCACGAAGGUCUCAGGAUCCGAGGGGGUAUUUUUUUUCUUGACUUGUCUGUUUCUGUGAUCUAUAACAAGUUGAUGGUUUUCGAGUGCGAAGGAGCAUGUCUCUGAUUGGCAAAGUGAUUUUUUAUAAACUGUUUUGACAAUGCUUAAAGGCAUCUUUCGAUUUCGUAUAUAAUUUCAUUUGACUCGUUGAAUACAAGAUUGGCUUUGCAAGAUUGAAAUUUGGUUCAUACAUAGACAUCGAACUUGUAGAAAGCUUAAAGUGAAACAGCAUGGUUUUAUUAAAUUAUGGACUGAGUACUGCUUUCUACGACUCAAAAAGUAUUGAUUGUCCAAACCUAAACGUGGACGUACUCUUUACACGCCUUGUGAACCAAAUUUUCAAUCCAAAAAAUGUUGUUUUUUUUUUCUUUUCAUUCCUUCUUCCCUCUCGGGUCCAUUUUUCCUUAUUUUUCUUGGUAAUAUUUAAUAUAUUAUACAUGGUAAUUAUGUAAAGCGGAUGUUGAAUAAAUCAGAAGGCUGUUUUCCAAUUUUUGUUUAAUCUAGAAGAAUAAAUCUGGAUUAGUUUUCAGGGUUGGCAAGAAUAAGUUCAACUUUUUGCUUCGUUAAAAUGGAUUGAAAGUCAAAUACUGAACGUGGCUUUUCAUUACAUGAGCAUUGUAGUUUAUGAUAAUUGCUUGCAAUUCAUCAGUGCUCUUUUGCAUUACUACCGAAGUUUUAUCGACAACUCAGUUUAGCAUUUUUAAGUGAACGACAAUGUAUAAGAUAAGAAAGACGUGUAGAGUCCUAUAAAAAUUAUUUUGAAUAAUUUUCACAACAUUCAAUUAGAUUAAUCGUGUUUCCAAAUUUUUACGGAUGGUAAAACUUAAAGGAAUUGAAACGUUAUAUAAAUUUAAAAAAUUAGAAUUGUAUUAUUAUUUUUGCCAACUCUGAUUAGAUAAAUGCAAUUUUUGUUUUAAAUCUAGUUAUAAAAGAACAUUAGCAAAAUUAAAGUGUUACAUCGUUUAGCAAUUUUCUUCGUAGGCUUUGUUGUUAGUAUUUUUACUGUUUUUUUUUGCGUUCGAUAAUACUAGACAGAAUUAUU